AGAAACUACACAUCCGGUUUCCAACAAUUUCGUCACCGGAAUCCAUACUUAACAACAAUAUGAAUACUGUUGCGGAUGAUAUUCAUGUUACUAAGCACAAGAAAGCACUUGAGUUCAUCGAAGAGGUCACAACUGACACGGAAAAAGUUCAGAAACAAGUCCUUUCUGAAAUUUUGUCAAUCAGUUCACACGUCGAGUACUUACAACAUCACGGUUUAAAUGGUCGUACAGAUCGUGAAACCUACAGGAAUGUCAUUCCCAUUGCCACUUACGAAGAUUUUAAACCUUACAUACAACGCAUCGCUAAUGGUGAUACUUCACCAAUCCUGUGUGGCCGUCCAAUAACAGAUUUGCUCCUCAGCUCUGGAACUUCAGAUGGCGGAAGGAAGAUAUUUCCAUUUAUAGAAGAAGAGAUGCAACGUUUAUUGUUUCUUCACGGUCUUACAAUGCCGGUGGUGAACAAGUACAUAACAGGUAUUGAUAAAGGAAAAGCUAUGAUUUUUAGGUUCUCAAGAGGGAUCAUUUAUACUCCGGGAGGACUACCAGUCUGUUCAGCUUUAGCGCGUUUUUAUCAGAGUUCACAAUUUAAGAAUAGACCUUACGAUCCACUUGAAGAUUACACUAGUCCAAUUGAAACCGUUCUCUGCAAAGAUUUUGACCAGAGUAUGUAUUCUCAGUGUCUUUGUGGUCUUUAUCAAAGCAAACUAGUUGUCCGAGUUGGAUCUGCUUUCGUAACCGUGUUGGUGAGGGUUAUACUUUUUAUUCAAAAACAUUGGUCUCUGCUCUGUAAUGACAUCCGAACAGGAACUAUUAAUACCCAGAUUAUCACAGAUAUAUCAGUACGUGAUGCUGUCAAGAAAAUACUAGUAAACCCCGAUCCGGAACUUGCUGAUUUUAUUGAGAUUGAGUGUAAGAGAGAUGAGUCAUGGAAAGGUAUUAUAUCUAGGUUAUGGCCUAACGCUAAGUACAUUGAUGCUAUCAUAACAGGGUCUAUGUCUCAGUAUAUAUCUUCCAUCGACUUUUACAGUAAUGGGCUUCCAUUUGUUUCUACUAGGUAUGCAUGUUCAGAAUGUUUCCUAGGUAUAAACCUCAACCCUCUCUGCAAACCAAAUGAAGUUGCUUAUACUUUUAUCCCUAACGUGGCUUAUUUCGAGUUCUUGCCAAUACUUGAUGAGAAUCAACAAAAGAACAACAACCAGCAAGAGCAAUAUGAUGCGCAAGAACUAGUUGAAUUGGCCAACGUUAAGCUUGGACAUGAAUACGAAGUUUUUGUCACCACUUAUAAUGGACUUUAUCGGUAUGGGGUUGGAGACGUGCUAAGAGUCGCUGGGUUUAAAAACACUGCUCCACAAUUCCAGUUCAUAUGCCGAAAGAAGAUACUUCUGAGCCUUGAUAGUGAGAAGACGAGCGAAUUGGAGCUUCACAAUGCAGUUCAAAAUGCAAUGAAGUAUCUCAUGUUGAAAUUCAAUGUAACCCUUGUUGAUUACACCAGUUAUGCCCAUACAACAAGUACUAGCAAUCAUGGGCACUAUGUUAUCUACUGGGAGCUUCGACAUCACAACUCUAACGUUAAUAAUAAUGCAGUUAUUAUUCCUAGGUCAGUGUUCGAAGAAUGCUGCUUCCAAAUUGAAGAGUCGUUAAGCAAUGCGUACAGGAUGCAUCGCACGAUAGAGAAAUCAAUUGACCCUCUGGAGAUAAAGAUAGUGGAGACGGGAACUUUUGAUAAUUUGAUGGAUUAUGCAGUUAGUCAAGGCACAUCGGUUAGCAGUUACAAAACUCCGCGGUGCCUGAAAAAUGUUGAGCUUCUAAACUCUUGUGUUGUUUCGAAUUACUUCAGUCAGGGAUUCCCACACUAUGCUCCUGGAUGGUGCUAAAAAGAAAAAGAAAAAUCCUAU